AAAGAAGAGUCCGCUUGGAAACCUAGCUGUGGCCGCCUGCCCUAAUGAAAAGAAAUAGGUCUGAAUUCUCGCGAUCAAUAGUUCUGACUACCGUUUAAUCAAACACUAUGCAAGCUAAUCUAAAGCGCUCUUUCCGCCAGCCCAUCUUAUCCUUUGAGAGGCGGGGGUUUAAAUAGCAACAUGCAACAUUAUCUCCUAAUUCACUCUCUGACAGAGAACGGGGCGCUAAAAAACUUUUCAGAAAGCACUGCUUAUCCCAGUGUUGCAUCUAAAAUGGUAUCGAUUAAACGGUUGAUGUCUCUGAUCUCUAUGUCUUGGGAGCAAACGCUCAUAUGUUUGGGCAGUCUGGUCAUUACACUCUUCACUUUGCUGGUAAUUCGCCAGCUCGUAAAACAGCGGAGACCCCGAGGGUUUCCCCCAGGACCGACACCUUUACCCAUGCUAGGGAAUAUUCUGUCCCUGGCCACAGAGCCUCACGUCUACAUGAAGAGGCAGAGUGAAAUCCACGGACAGAUUUUCAGUCUAGACUUGGGAGGAAUCUCAACUGUUAUACUAAAUGGUUAUGAUGCCAUUAAAGAGUGCCUGUAUCACCAAAGUGAGGUUUUCGCAGACCGUCCAUCCCUCCCUUUAUUUCAGAAGAUGACAAAAAUGGGAGGCCUUCUGAACUGCAAAUACGGUCAAAGCUGGAUUGAACACCACAAACUGGCUGUGAACUGCUUCCGCUACUUUGGCAGUGGUCAGCAGAUGUUUGAGAAGAUUUCUGAGGAGUGCCUGUUUUUCCUUGAUGCUAUUGACCAGCAUCAGGGGAAGCCCUUUAACCCUAAACAUCUUGUGACCAAUGCUGUCUCCAACAUCACCAACCUCAUUAUCUUCGGACAACGUUUCACCUACGAUGACAGCGAUUUUCAGCACAUGAUUGAGCUCUUCAGUGAGAAUGUGGAGCUGGCAGCCAGCGGCUGGGCUUUCCUAUACAACGCCUUCCCCUGGAUGGAGCACGUACCCUUUGGGAAGCACCAAAAGCUCUUCCGCAAUGCCACCGAGGUCUAUGACUUACUUCUGCAAAUCAUCAAGCGCUUCUCACAGGAUAGGGUACCCCAGUCGCCUCAAAAUUACAUUGAUGCCUACUUGGACGAAAUCGAGCAGAGCGCCACUGAUAAACCUACAUCUUUCUCUCAAGAUAAUCUCAUUUUCUCAGUUGGAGAACUCAUCAUUGCGGGCACAGAGACUACCACAAAUUGUCUGCGCUGGGCUAUGCUCUACAUGGCUCUGUAUCCCAGGAUACAAGAAAAGGUCCAAAUGGAGAUCGAUUGCAUCCUGAAUGGCAGACCGCCUGCUCUUGAAGACAAGCAGAGGAUGCCGUAUGUGGAGGCAGUGCUGCAUGAAGUGCUGCGCCUUUGCAAUGUCGUCCCACUGGGCAUCUUCCGCGCUACGUCUCAAGAUGCAAUGGUGCGUGGCUACACUAUCCCCAAGGGCACCAUGGUCAUCACUAAUUUGUACUCUGUGCACUUUGAUGAGAAGUACUGGAGCAACCCAUCCAUCUUCUGCCCAGAGCGGUUCCUUGGCCGUAAUGGCAAAUUUGUCCGGCACAAAGCGUUUCUUCCUUUCUCAAUAGGUAAGCGCCACUGUCUGGGAGAGCAGUUGGCAAGGCUGGAGAUGUUCUUGUUCUUCACCACAUUGCUCCAGAGGUUCCAUCUUCAGUUCCCCGAAGGCUUGAUCCCAAGUCUUUCUCCGAAACUAGGCAUGACCCUUCAGCCUCAGCCAUACUCCAUAUGUGCAAUCAGGAGACAGCAGUGAAAAUUGCCCCUUGAGCUCUGGAUCACGUGCACUCACCUCAGGGGAUCCUGCUAAGAAACGCAAAGCAGAGCAGUUCCCACUCUUAAAUUCCAUCAGGUUUUCAGCGGAGAUUACUGACCUCUGAUAUUGACUUGUUCAAUUCUCAGAACGUGUCCUCCAUAGUUUCACAGAAACCAGCCUGAGAGUGAUAAGAGUACUGUUACAGAACACAUGUUCUGGAGAGCAAUGAGCAUGUGUUACCGAACGGACAUGAGAGUAUCAAGAUAAAUGCACUGUAGCAAGUAUCUUUCAUAACUUGAACAAAAAAAGUGUACUGUGUAGCAAACCUGAACAUUGUGCUCGUCAAUAUGAGAAGAGCUAUUGUGUCAAUGAUUGACAGGGUUUACCUCUAUAACGGUUUGGAGGUCUGUCUUUUCCAGCAUUCCUUGUAUUCCCCCAUAUCUGGAGUUGGGCAAGUGAGAGGCAAAAAGCUGCCUUUCCUAGAAAGCUUUGGAAAUGCUUCAUGAUUCCCGUUGGUUUAAUGCCAUGUAUCAGUUCUGCAGUAAUAAUGGCCUGUGCCUACUUUAUCUCAGUGGAAAGACAUUAUCAAGAAACUUAAGCUGCAAUAUUUUGUGAAAAGCUGGAUUCCAAUAUACAUUUUAUAGCACAAUAUUAUUUUUACUUUUUUUUUUUUUUUUUUUGGAUUUUAUAACAAAAUAUGACCUGACAAGAAUUGUAUGAAUAAAGACAAAAUAAGCCUUUUUUAAUGCAAGUUGUUUUAAUUCUGACCACGCUUUCAACUGUGCUGGAAACUUCUGAAACUAAUUGCACACCAUAUAAACCAAGCUGGAAAAGGAGGAUAGAGAUAGAAACUUUAAUAUUUCCUGUGACUCACUAACUCGUGUAGUUCUAUGAUUUGGUCUGGCACAUAUCAGAAAUGAAUGGAUUUCAAUGUUAAAAUGUUUGUUAAUUGUGAACAUAUGUAAUAUGUUGAUUUCUUAUUUUUAGUACCUAGAUCUUAUUUUCCUUCUGUUGUCAUAGUAAAAAACAAAACUCAAUUAAAAAUGGAGUGACAGGUAGGGGCAUUGUUGCUUUGGGUAAGCUGUCACAAAGAUGCUGUCAUCUGAAGAGAGAAUGCUGGCCUUUCAUACGACCUACACUUGGGGACUCAUCAUCUGCUCACUGUCAUCUUACAGGCAGUUCUUCCCAGGAGAACACUUUGGCUUUCAUCUGAGCAUGAAGAAAAAUAAGCUGCAACAUACAACUCGCUAAUGCUCAGUAGCAAACUCGGAUGAUGUCAACAAUGUUGUUUCAUGGAGAUUCUGCACAGAAAACUUAAAAUAAUUAAUUAGAAAUUACUUAUCAAACUCAAACGGGGCACAUUAAAUGUACUUAUUUCCUUUGCUUAUUUAACAAUUUAAACAGAUUUUUCUUAAUUCCAAAUCUUACUCUAAAAAUGUCCGCAAAAACUUUUCAAUAGAAAAAUUUUUUUUUACCUUUUUUUCAGUGUAGUUUUGUGGGGGAAGCAAAUAUAAAUUAUAUAUAGUCAAAUUCAAAAGUUUUUUGAAAGAAGUUAAUACAUUCAGCAAGGAUUAAAUCAAUCAAAUAUGACAGUAAAGAUAUUCAAAUAAUGUUCAUAAAUAAAUGCUUUUCUAUUAAACACCCUACUCAUCAUACGAUCCUGAAAAAAAAAAAAAAAAGCUGGACAACUGUUCUGCACUGUGGUAAAAAUGUCUUGAGCGCCAAAUCAGCAUAUAAGAACAGGCAAGUACACAUCCACUCCCAUGCAAAACACAGAACACACAAAAAAAUUACCCAGACAGACUAAUCAUUUGAGAGAGAUUGAAGCUUUUGUUCAGGGAUGGUGCUUUUAUGACAGUUAUAAAUAAUAACACAAACGUUGAUUUUCCCCCACAACCCUGAAAAGGCUGAAUGGUUACAUCAGACAAUCUAAAUGCUACAUAAAAAGUGAAUGCCAUCAUAAAGGUACUGAUGACAGGAACGUCGGUGGUUACUGUGGUGCCACCAACCCCCAAAAGUGAGUUACCACAGUCAAGCAAGUGGUCAACACGAGGGGAUGGGGGUGCUGUGACGCUCUGAUCCGCAGUCACCCUGCCUGCUUGGCAUCCUGAAUGAUGUUCAGAGUGCGUGGGUUUGAGCCCAUCCAGGAUGAGCUCAGUGAAGUGGAGGGGAGGGAGCCACACUGGGGCCCGGAUCCAAAAAAUGAUGAACACAUAUUCUAGACAGAAGAGAGAGAGAGAGAUAGAGAGAGAAGCACCACAAGCUGCUUUGGGUAAGCAUAAGCCCCCAACACAGAACACACCCUGAGCACAGGCCAAAAAAGUGACUAAUGAACAAACUCACAAAGACAGACAGAGACAGGGAGGCUUUCAGAAAUAAGGGGCUCUCAGCAAAGAGUGGUUAUGAACAGGAACAAAAGACAGUGUACCCUAAGAAUUUUUUUUUUUAACAAACUGAAAAACACAACACCCAAACAUCCAAAUCUGUAAAUAGCACUGAAUUAAAAAAAAAAAAAACCCUCCCGAAACAAGAUGAUAAUUACAUGGUCUCAAUGUACAAUAUAUGUCAGCUGUAUGUAGAAAACAGACGCAUUGUUGAUUAAUUAAAAAAUAUAUAAUAUUAUAUAUAUAUAUUUAUAUAUGCAAGUAUUCUUUCUGUGCAGAGGUUAAACACUUGUUUGGUAGUAAAAUGUGCACAUUUACAUCAUUUAUUUUUAAUCUUAAAUAUACUAGUUUUAUUUACAUUGCCUACUUGAGAACUUUCCUCUACUGAGACAAAAUGAGGUGAAGCAGAACGAGAGAGAAAGAGACCCGGGUUCGUCCUCCCCUCAUUAUUCUAGUGGAAUGCCUAGAGUUCUUGCUUCAGAAAAAA